AUGAGAGCAAGAGCAGCAUAUAUAUAUUGUAGAGGAGAAUUCUGGGUAGAAGCCAAUGCCUUAUAAUAAGCAGUAGAUGAGGCAUAUAAAAAAGGAUUUUUAGGUAAAAAUGCAUGUGGAAGUGGAUAUGAUUUUGAUGUAUAUGUUCACAGUGGAGCAGGUGCAUAUAUUUGUGGAGAAGAAACAGUAAUUUAAUUAUAAAUAUUUGAAAGGGUUUAAUUGAAUCAUUAGAAGGAAAGCCAGGAAAGCCAAGACUUAAGCCACCUUUUCCAGCAAAUGCAGGAUUGUGGGGUUGUCCAACAACUGUGACUAAUGUAGAAACAGUUUCAGUUUGUCCAACAAUUCUUAGAAGAGGAGCAAAUUGGUUUGCAUCUUUUGGAAGACCUAAUAAUCGAGGCACUAAAUUAUUCUGCAUUUCUGGUCAUGUUAAUAAUCCUUGUACUGUUGAAGAAGAGAUGUCUAUUCCUCUUAAAGAAUUAAUUGAAAGACAUUGUGGAGGAGUCAGAGGAGGUUGGGAUAAUCUUAAAUGCAUUAUUCCUGGAGGUUCAUCAGUCCCUAUGUUACCAAAAGAAAUUUGUGAGACUGUUCUUAUGGAUUUUGAUGCUUUAAGAGAUGUUAGAUCUGGAUUAGGUACUGCUGCUGUUAUUGUCAUUGAUAAAUCAACAGAUAUUAUUGAUGCUAUCUUAAGAUUAAGUAAAUUCUAUAAACAUGAAUCAUGUGGUUAAUGUACACCAUGCAGAGAAGGUACUUCCUGGUUAGUUGAUUUAUUGGAAAGAAUGAAAGUAGGAAAUGCUGAUUUUGCUGAAAUUGAUUAAUUAGAAGUAAGAUAUGCAUUCAUUAUUACUAGGAAUUAACAUAUUAAAUUGAAGGUCAUACUAUUUGUGCUCUAGGAGAUGCUGCUGCUUGGCCUGUCUAAGGUUUAAUCAGAUCCUACAGAGAAGAAAUCGAAGAAAGAAUUGAAGACUAUCAUGCUAAACAUCCAGUCAAAUCUAGAUAAUUAAGAAGUCAUCCUUAAUAAUCAAGUCAUUGAUAAAUACAUAAAAUAUUAAUAUCAC